AUGGGAGAAGGCGAAACAGCAGACUCGAACCGAGGUGACUUCCUUGAAUGGUGUACCCACACUGCUGUUAUGGAUGGGGUAUUGUCAAGCCUUAAAAGAGACAUAGCCAAGACCUCGGAGAAUGGCUCGACGGAAGCAAGAGCGCCUGACAGUCUUGCUGAAAGGAUAAAUUCCAUCCAGGUGGAGUCGUCUAAUCUGAAACGUCACCUCCUCCUUUUCACCUAUCCUACCGAUAUCCGACAUUCCAUUCAACGAUGUCGUGAGGCCACAAGGGAACACGACGUUGCAGCCAUCAAUCUGGAAAUUGUCUCUUUAACCAGUGAACACGUAGAAGGAUUAACCAAGAAGUGUGAAGACUUGGUAAAACGUAUUCAAGAAGGCCAAAAUUUGAUUGAACAGUUGCAAAAAAAGGUUUCAGGUGUCAGUCCACCACCUGAACUACACAACGCUAACGCAGAGUUGUUAGAGGAGUUGAAAGACCUCUAUGAGAAGAACACUAAGAUACUUGACCAUGUAAGCAGAUUUGUUCCGUAUUUGACCGCUUAA